GAUGAUUGAAUAUCGCAUGCUUCAACUUUCAGGCUUCCAUCGCUGCUCAUCUGGUAUGCAACCCGGUGGACUCCAGUGCGCAACAGUCACUUGAGUCCUUGACGCUUACUGUCACGCUUGUGACAUACCACCUUGGCGUGCUUAUCAAAGUGGGAGAAAAUAACUUGCCAGACAGUGUCCAGAUUUUAUUUACUUCAUUUCUUGUUGUACUUAACGCAUAUGUGAUCUGGUGCUUCUCCAGCUGCAUGUAUCGUGACGUGAUGUUGGUAAUGAAGUGUCCCGAAUAAUUAUGUUUCUGGUUUUUUACACGCUGGAUACUUUACUGCCUCACUGCAAUUAUUCAUUUAUCGGUCCGUUUGUUUUCGCUGUAUCUGUCCCUCGAUAAAGGACCUGGUGAAUUCUAAGGUAUUGGGUUCUAGAGAGGCAGUAGACGCUGAAGCCAAACUCCAGAGAGAUGUAGUUCAUAACGAACUCGGAACGCUGCACCCUCAAAUUCAAACCCUACAUCCUCACAUGGCCAAGGGCCUGAAAAGCUCCGCUGGCGUGAAUCGGUUACGUGCUACUAUCACGCAAUCGAAUGCCCCGGAUCUCUGGAUGAAGCAUGUGCAAUUAAGCAUGAAUCUUGAAAUGUUGCGCAACAGUUGGCAGCAAGUAAAAACCAAGUCUCGAAGGUUGUCACAAAAAAAAAGGUCUCCAGGAGAGGCUGUAUUAAGGCGCAGGGGUUCUGCUGUGACUGAGGAAGGACGACAGAAACAAUCAGAACUAUUUCUUGAAGGAAAACAGGAGUCUAUCAACAUUUCUGAUGAAAUAGGAAUCAGGGAGCCUGAAAAUAAAUCUAAAUCGGGAAGCAUUUUAGAGUCCUUCAACGCGCACGAUUCAAAAAAAUUGAAACGGUUGGGUGGAGGUAACGAUAGUCUAGGAUCCCUGGCCUCAAAAAGUGGAACUAAAAACGAUUCGUGGCGUGAUCGAAUGGAAGAUUCUGAAUGGCGCGUUACUCAGCGCACACGUUACCGACUCUUAUCUCGUAGUCAAGGGGGUACAAAUAUAUAAUCUUUUUCAGUAUCGCAACAUUCUAUUCGAGAUACUUCAAGAUAUCAUGGUAUUAUUUGUUUUUGUUUACGGGUAUUAUAUGUAUGUGUAAUUUGAAAGUGAAUAAGACCUGGGCCU